UGCUAUUAUUACUUUGGGUUUUUCCUCCCCCCAAACAUUUUUUCAACUAUUUAAAAACCUAAAAGCCCCUCUUCAUCCAUGGACUGGACAGAAAUAGGCGGCACGCGGGGGUUGGGCCACGGACAGGAGUUGGCCAGCUUCGGAUCUGGAGGAAAGGGCAAGGAGAGGUGGCUCGAUGAGUUACUGAAUUGCUCAGUGCCUUGGUUUCCCCACGUGUGAGUGCCCACUCCUGGGCACCCUGGCCCUCACCAGCAGCAGUGUGGUUGUGGUCUCGCCCCGGCCCCCUGUGCGGUGAGCUCUGGGAGGGCAGCACCGGGCUUGGGCUAAACCUCCGGGGGCACCCCCCUCCCGCCCUGGCGCCCCUGCAAGCAGGUUGCUGGGACACGGAACCCAAGGCUGAGACGGCCAUCGCGGGCGAAGCGUGGGCCCAGAAGGGCCACGUUCCCCGAAGCAUCACAGGCGAAGGGACAGGAUCCGGGGUUCACGCGCUGCUGCCAUGUCCCUCUCUGCUCCCGUAGGAACCUGCGCAAGGGGUCCAGCGGCCUGGCUGACGAGAUCAACUUUGAGGAUUUCCUGACCAUCAUGUCCUACUUCCGGCCUAUCGACACCACCAUGGACGAGGAGCAGGUGCAGCUGUGCCGGAAAGAGAAGUUGAGAUUUCUGUUCCACAUGUAUGACUCGGACAGCGACGGCCGCAUCACCCUGGAAGAAUAUCGAAAUGUGGUGGAGGAGCUGCUCUCCGGAAACCCGCACAUCGAGAAGGAGUCGGCCCGCUCUAUCGCCGACGGGGCCAUGAUGGAGGCGGCCAGCGUGUGUGUGGGGCAGAUGGAGCCUGACCAGGUGUAUGAGGGGAUCACCUUCGACGACUUCCUGAAGAUCUGGCAGGGGAUAGACAUUGAGACCAAGAUGCACGUGCGCUUCCUUAACAUGGAAACCAUCGCCCUCUGCCACUGACCCGCCUGCUCCCCGAAGCCGUGCCCGCAGCCUCCCGCGGGGCCCGAGGCCGCAGGUGUCCUUCGGCCACCGCUCUUGUAAAUAGUCCCCAGUCCUCCGCUGUCUCGUUUUCCCUAAGGUGUGGUACGUGGAACCUCGCUGUUUUUAUCUCUAAUAAAAAAAGAAAAUGGUUGGUUUGUUAAAGAA